AGAGUGUUGUGUGAGCUCUGCCUUCCAGGCAGAACUCUGACAGUGUCACAUUCUGAGCUGUUUAACUGUUUCUCAAAGUCCUUGGCACCUGGCCCUUGUGAAGGAGGCAACCUGCAACAAGCCCAUUGGCUUUCCUCUUCCAUCCAUCGCUGCUGACUGACAGAUUUCCAUCUAGAGCCCGAGUUAUCAUUAACCCAGGAGGUCUUAAGAGACACCAGAAUGAAAGACCAAGAGACAAUUAAAGUACAAGAUUUUAAUGAGAUAUUGAAAAUGGGCCAAGAAAAUAUGAACGUGUUGGAGAGUGACUUGUCAGAAGAGAGGGGGAAGAGUCAGCACAUGACAUCAGCUUUCACCGCUAUCCAGGAGUCCUUGCAAGUGAAUAGUGAGGAAUUCCAAAAAUCAAAGUCAGAACUCCUGUGCCUUUAUAAGGAAAUCCAGAGUCUUCCAAGGGCUGAGGGCAGAGAGCAAUUUUUAGUAGUUUAUAACCUGCUACUGAGAGAGAAUUCUGAAUUAGAAGCCAAGGUCUCAAAGCUUGCACAAGAACUGGAACUGUUAAAACAUUGCUCUGUAGGGGACAGAACUGCUCAUGUGAUGACCAGUAAGAACAUCUGUGAAGACCUGGUGUCUAAAGGGCCACUUUUGGAAGUGGAGGCUGUGAACCCCAGUGAGGACAGACAGGCUCUCUGUUCUGAAUUAGGAGAAAGUAAACAUGAGGAAAUGGCAGACGGGUCAGUGAAGGCGGCCACUUUCCCGAGAGAGAGGCAGGAGUCACAGCAGAUGCCAGGCCAUGAAGUGGCCGAGGAGCCCAAGGAAGUUGGGAGGCUUGAAGAAGAGGCGAGCCUCCAGUCUCAGAGCUGUGGUGAUAGUUCAGAUGACAGUAGCACCAAGUAUUUAACAUCUGGAGAGAAAGCAAGCUACCAGCAUCAAGGGGAACUGCGGGAACUGCGGCAGAACCUGCACCGCCUGCAAAUCCUGUGCAACUCGGCUGAGAAGGAGCUGCGGUACGAGCGGGGCCGGAGCCUGGACUUGAAACAACAUAACAGCCUGCUCCAGGAGGAGAAUCUCAAGAUCAAAAUUGAACUCAAGCAGGCCCAGGAGAAGUUGCUGGACAACGCCAGGAUGCACUCCUCGCUCAUGGCAGAGUGGAAGCACUGUCAGCAGAAAGUCAAGGAGCUGGAGCUGGAGGGACUUAGGCAGACGCAGAGCCUUAAAUCCCAGCAGGGCCUACAGGAAAAGCUGGCUCGGGAGAAAUCCAAAGCAGAGGAAGCACAGGAAAAGAUUUUGGACCUGCAGCAGAAGCUAGACCACGCGAGACAAGUCUGCCUUUCAGAUGUUUGCAUUUUGCAUAAGAAACAACUAGAGGAAGAGAUAAAGGAAGCAAAGAGCAUCGAGGCCAGGCUGCGGCAGCAGUGCCAGGAGGAGCAGCAGAGGAGGAUCCUCCUAGACCGGGACAUAAAUGAGCUCCAGACACUAGUAAGAAUCUUGCAGGAUAAGGAGGAACAACAGGAAGCAGUCAAUUCCCAACAACAAGAGGCUCUGCGAGAACAACUGGAGCAGGAGAGAAGAAAGUGUGAAGAGUAUGUCAAGAGCAACCAGGAAUUGUCAGAGAAACUAUCUAGCUUGCAGCAAGAAAAGGAAGCCCUAUGGCAAGAACACGGGCAGUUUUUGGAGCAACUUGGUGAUCACAUGAGAAACUACAAAGACAAACACCACUGUCACAAAGCCAAGCUUCAAAAGGUCAAGGACCGUCUAACUCACGAGUUAGAGGUACGGAAUAAGAGGAUUAAAGAACUUGAAGAUGAAACUGGGAAACUGCAACAGAAAAAUGAAAUGGAGAAAGUGUUCCAGGGGCAAAUCAUGGCCCAAAAUGACAACCUCCUCCUGGAAAAGAGGAAGCUUCUAGAACAAGUCACAAAUCAAGAAGAACUGAUUUGCAGCAGCAAGUGCACAAUAUCUGCCUUCCAGAGCAAGGCGUCUUUACUGGAUAAAGAAAACCAGCAGUUGCAGGAGAACUGCCUCCGGCUCAUGCAGCAAAUUGGCCUCUUGGAGCAAAUUAUAAGGAGCAUCCAGAUUCGCAGAGAAGAGGAAACAGUAAUUACUGACAACGCUGCAUUUGAAAUACUCAAAAAGAUACUACCUUUACAAAACUCCAGUUUCUCAGGGACAGGCUUCGUAUUGUCAGCUGAAAAUCUCCAGGAGACUGAGCUGCAUGAAUCAGAAGGAGCAACAGGAAUCCCCAAGUCCCCUGAGCCUCUCUCAUGUUCACAGGAUUCAGAGAGUGGAUAUAUAAAUGUGACUUCUCUAAAAGAGACACACAACACACAAGGGGACCAGAAGCCAGAACUAUGACCCCACUGGUCUCUACAACAAGACUAAUCAUGCCCACGAACUCAGAGCCUGGAUAUAAAGGUACAAACCAAGCUGGAGCAGUCUCACUGAACACCCUGGACAUCAACAAGGAUUCCUCAAAAUCGCUUACUAAACAGUCAUUAAAAUUUUUCAAAAAUGGAAUUGUUUGAUAUACCUAUUGAUAAUGAGGUUUGUAAUUUUUUUC